AUUUUACAUCACUUCCAACUUGCAAUCCUCAUUUAGGUUAACGCAACCUCUAACUCCUUCGAGUUGACCAAGUAGCUUUGUUGCUAUGAGUAACCCGCCCACGACAAGUGGCGCCAUGUCCAACAUGUUCAGUCCUCGUACUACCAAUGGCAACAGCAAUCGCUAUCACCUGCCGAGCAGUGGCGCUCGUACACCGCGUGUGUUUCCACCGGAUUUACACAGUAUUCCUCUGAGCCCGUCACGACUGGAGAGUCCAAUGUUUCGAGAACGUGUGUCAGCUCUGAUGCAACAAGGAGACACAUACGCCAAGCGGCUGGACAGCGAACGCCGUCGAUCUGUCGACCUGGAAGCCACUUUGCGAGCGUUGCGAGUCGAGCAUUUCGAAGCGCGUAAGGCGCUUAGUGAAGCCACAAACACACAGCUCUGUGCCGCUACGACGGAGCUCAAGUCGAUUCGAACACUAGAAAGUCGUCUGGAUAAGGUGCUUACACGCUACAACGAAGUAUGCAACACGAACAAGGCACUUCGCGAACAAAUUCAAUCUUUACGUCGUGAAAAAGUUCAACAAGCUGCAGUACUCGAUAAACUGGAGAGGGAGACAGCACAGACCCAAGGAGAAGCUGCUCAGGUGGCACAAGCGUCCCAGGCCGCAAGUGAUGCAAGAGAUCGAGCCAACAGACAGAGCGAAGCACUGCGAAACCAGCUAGCAGAAGAUGGCAACAACUUUGAGUCUGGAUGGAUCGAGAAGACCAGUCAAUUGGCGGAAGAUCGUGCCAUGAUCCGUGAUAUUCCACGCUUACGUACGCCUAAAAGUCCUUCUCGACCACACUUUGUCAACAGCGCCAACCCAGGGAUUGCUAGCUCGCCGUUGCCUAGUAAUACGUCAGGUCGGUCACUUCCUGGUGGCUUUAAGCUGCUGUCAACACCAGAUAUUAAACUGCGCGACGAGACUCACAAGAACGAGCGACUGCUACACGAAAAAGCGAACGACUUGCAGAAACAGAGUGAGCGGUUGAGAGUGGCUCAGGAUGGUCUGGCCAAGAUCAAGCGAAAGACUGGGGAGAAGGAUUCUCAGGCGCUAGCGGCUGCUCUGAUUGCCGCUGAAGAGAAGAACUUUUCACUGUUCAAUAUGAUCAACGAACUGAGUACCGAGAUGGAGGCUCUAGAAGUGGAAAACAACGCGCUUGAAGCCCAGGUAAACGAACAGACUCGUGAUGGUUCUAUGGGGUCGGCGGAGGAUGCAAGACGACGUGCACUCAAGCAACAAUUAGAGGACCAGAUUGAGAAAUCUCGGCAGAAAGUUGCACGCCUAGAAGCUCGUCAUAGUGAAGCUGCAGAAGCUGCGGAGGUGAUGAAAACUGGCGCUAUGGGACUUUUCCACAAGUUACAAGGACCUAAUGAUGAAGCGUUUGCGACGCAGUUGUCCACACAUGGCGUCACUGACAUCUCGAUGGCUCAGUUACUGGGACUUAUUGAGCAGCGUGUUGGCGAAUUAGUUGAUAUUCACAAUAUUGCUACGAAUGCACCAGCUGCAGCGGCGUUAGGAGCGCAUCAUCCGGCUAUGAAGGUUGAUGUGGGAGGUCAUGAAGGCGGUCACACUCGCCACUCGCGUAACGGUGAUCGUUCUCGUGGCGGGGGCGUUGCUACCACAACUGGUGCAUUGCUACGACCUACACCACCCACUGCGGAUGACUUUGGCGAUUCAGACAACGAUGAUCCGCAGCAGGACGAUGUACUGCGACCGUGCAAGAUCUCGGAUAUUCAAGAGAAGACUGCUGCGGCAGUAGGUCGACGGAAAGAGAAGCAGAUUCGUGCCAAGAGAUAGAAGGGCUGUGAUAGGUAGUAGACUUAGGAGGUUUGCGCUUCAACACGUUUGUUUUUCACAAUAGUUGUAGUAAUCUUGACAGCACUCGUCGCAU